AUGAUGGAAGCCGGCGAUUAUGGUAGUCCAGCGCAAUCCAGUACCUCCGCCGCUUUCCAAAACCCCGUAUCAGCCAACCGAACGUCCCGGCUCACCAUAUAUUGCGUCUCUAUUCAAAAUAUUAACUAUCUUUUCUUUCUUUCUUUCUUUCUUUCUUUCUUUCUUUCUUUCUUUCUUGCAUUAUGUUUUCCCUCCUUCGUCUUCUUUAUUUGUUUGUUCCUUUUGCGACCUUUCGUCUUCCUUCUUAGCAUUUUAUAUGCUUCCCUUUCUUUCUUUCUUUCUUUCUUUUUCUUUUUUCUUUCUUUCUUUUAUUUGUUUGUUCCUUUCUUUUCUUUCUUUUUUUUUCUUUUAUAUAUGCUUCCUCCCUCCCUUCUUUCUUUCUUUUAUUUUCCCUUUUUCUUUUUAUUUUUUUUUCCUUUAGCAACCUUUCGUCUUCCCUUCUUAGCAUUUUAUAUGCUUCCCUUUCUUUCUUUCUUUCUUUCUUUUGUUUGUUUUUCUUUUUUCUUUCUUUCUUUUUUCCUUUCUUUUCUUUCUUUCUUUUCCUUUUGCUUUCUUUCUUUUUCUUUCUUUUUUUUUCUUUCUUUCUUUUUUUUCCCUCCCUCCGUCUUCUUUUUUUGUUUUUUUUCCUUUAGCGACCUUUCGUCUUCCCUUCUUAGCAUUUUAUAUGCUACCCUAUCUUCUUUCUUUCUUUCUUUCUUUCUUUCUUUCUUUCUUUCUUUCUUUCUUUCUUUCUUUCUUUCUUUCUUUCUUUUCCCUCCCUUCGUCUUCUUUAUUUGUUUUUUUUCCUUUAGCGACCUUUCGUCUUCCCUUCUUAGCAUUUUAUAUGCUUCCGUUUCUUUCUUUCUUUCUUUCUUUCUUUCUUUCUUUCUUUCUUUCUUUCUUUCUUUCUUUUCCCUCCUUCGUCUUCUUUAUUUUUUUUUCCUUUUAGCGACCUUUCGUCUUCCCUUCUUAGCAUUUUAUAUGCUUCCGUUUCCUUCUUUCUUUCUUUCUUUCUUUCUUUCUUUCUUUCUUUCUUUCUUUCUUAUUCUUCAUCCAAAUUAA